GACAGUCGCACCCUUUUCCAGUGGUGAAUGUGGCCAGUCAAAAGCGACGGACCCAACGCUCUGAGUCUCACACUCCAAUCAAAAUGGUCAGAACGUGCCUCUUGCUCAUUCUCCUCGUCAAUUCAGGUUUCGCUCUGCACUGCCACACGUGCAAUUCGCAAACGGACAGAGACUGCACUACGGACCACCUUCAUGUGAGGAAUGACGCAAGCCUAGCUAAAAGCUGCGAGCAGUCGUUCAGGGAAACGCUGAACUCUGUCAGGAGCAUGUACCCAGGCCAAACCUCGCUGGACGUCGAAUCACUUAUCAAGUACCAAAAGUCAAGCGAAAAUUGUGUCCGAUUCAGCCUCUCCAAGGAAGGAGCGAACAAGACCGUGCAUUUCUUCGGUUGCUCGGUGCUGGGCGGCAGGGAAACCUGCACAAGCCUGCAAAGGGCGAUGGGCCGGCUCCACUUCCACGGGUGCCACCUGUGCGCCGGUGACAUGUGCAACCACGCCGCCCUGCCGCUCAUCUCUGCUUACCUGGCGGCUGGACUGGCCCUCCUCGCAGCAGCCUUCGCUUGAGCCACUUUUUAUUCAGUUCUCUAUGAAAUAAAUUCAAUUCUAUUUUUCAAAUUAAUAUA